UUGUAAAGCUGAUACUAACGUCACUUUCCAAACUAGAAACCUCACUAGCUGCAGUGUUGCACUCAUGGAUCACGAAACAACCAUCGUCAUGGACUCCCCUAACAUUUUUGGCGACCGACCUAAAAGUCGGUGCCCACACUGCAACUUCUACCCCAAACAUGGCGAGAAUAAGGUAUGCGAAGCCUGUGAGUCCCAGAUGGGAAACGACGAAAUCGAAGCCUUUCUCAGAGGCGCAGAACGGAACUGGUGUGUGUACCAUCUAAAUCGAGAAGGAUUUCUCCCUGGCCGCGCCGCUCUCGAAGAUACUAUGCGCGCUCGAUUAAUUCAGGAGCAACGCUGCGUACGCCUUUGUUGCGCCGAACCGAAGUUACCCAUCUAUGUGCAUUGCGAAGAGUGUCGCGAGAUGUCGCUCUGCAAAGGCGUUCCCAUCGCGGUUGCGAUCAAAAAGAUUUAUGAGCUUACACAUUAUGAUACUUUUCCAGACUACGAUGACGACUCUUUCGCAGUAAGAGUUGCUAGAGCUGAGGCGAGUAUCUACGAAGAGGAUUGGAGCUGGGAUUGCUCGUUGGCAAAGUUUGUGCAUCCCGACCGUAAGAGCUUCAAAGGAAAUACCAGCCCCGAGGAGAUGGUCUGAUACAUGCUUAGAUCCAAGCCAAAAGACAACUAUUACUCAUUUCUAGUUAUUGUACGGGCUGAUCCCGUGGAUGUUCCAGGCUCAAGUGAGUCGUGGAGUUUUGAGGUGAACGUUCGAUCAUCCAACUCAGGAGGCAUGAACCCACCUGCCAGCAUUCUGGACCAUUCAUACACUUUUAGAAAGUGUCAUGUCCGAGGCAUUUUAUUAGAAAGAAAAAAAUCACUGCUCGUUCAUGAACUUCUUGCUAUCGUUCGGCUCACUAUAGACACACUCAUCAAGUUGUCAAUCUCAGUUCUUGUUGAAACCAUAACCAUCUACAUACCUGAAGUAACUUUCCGAUGAAUCUCCC